GUGAGAGACUGCGGUGGAUCAGCUGAGCGAAGCCCAGUGGAGAAUCACAGCAACGCGACUCUUGUAAAAAUUCUGCGCUUCGCUUUACUAUAGUAUGGCAUCCAGGAGAAUGGAGACUAAACCAGUGAUAACCUGCCUCAAAACCCUCCUCAUCAUCUAUUCCUUUGUGUUCUGGAUCACCGGGGCCAUCCUCCUUGCAGUUGGAGGAUGGGGGAAGUUAAUGCUGGGACCCUACAUCUCCCUGAUCGCUGACAACUCCACCAACGCUCCCUUCGUUCUGAUCGGGACGGGCGCCACCAUCAUCAUCUUCGGCCUGUUCGGGUGUUUCGCCACCUGCCGCGGAAGCCCAUGGAUGCUCAAGCUGUAUGCCAUGUUCCUGUCUCUGGUGUUCCUGGCAGAGCUGGUGGCUGGCAUUUCUGGCUUUGUGUUUCGUCAUGAAAUAAAGGGCACCUUCCUGAGGACGUACAAUGACGCAGUGCAGAACUAUGAUGCCCAGGACGAGAGGAGCCAGGCUGUGGACAACGUUCAACGCAGUUUGCGUUGCUGUGGAGUGCUGAACUACACCAGCUGGUACACUAGCAUCUACUUCCCUUCUAACGGCUUCCCAGUGAGCUGCUGUGCCAACCUGUCUGACUGCAACCCCCAGGACCUCCGCAAUGCCACCAUCGGCCCCACCAAGUUGCACCAGCAGGGCUGCUAUGAGCUGGUGACUUCCUUCAUUGAGACCAACAUGGGCAUAAUCGCCGGUGUGGCAUUUGGGAUUGCUUUUUCACAGCUGAUUGGCAUGUUGCUGGCCUGCUGUCUGUCGCGGUUCAUCACUGCUAAUCAGUAUGAGAUGGUGUAACAGUUAGGCUGUGGGGUGAUGAAGAGGAAGCAUACGUCACCUUUGAAGACCGUUGGGAGGACAGAUACUCCCAGAAUGCUAGCACACUCCAUUCUAUUUCUUUUAUCUUGUUCUCUUUUGCUAACUCUCUGUAUCUCUCUAUCCCCUUCUCCCUCUCCUCCCCCUCUCCCUGCCUUUCUCUUUCCAUCUAUCCCUCUCCCUUGUAAAUUAUUGUAGUGCAUCAUUCCUUAACAUGUGGUUGUGCCAUGAAAACAAGCUUUCUUUCAGGAUCUUCAGAGGAAUGAAAUGAAAAGAUGAGCGCAGCCACUUCUUGCAGACAAUGGCCUCGUUUCCAUUUUCAGCGUACAUGGAUGUGCAUGUAGCACGGGCACUCUAAACACAAACAUUUCAUCUACAAGCAUUAACCAUAUUUCUAAGACACAUUGAAAAAACUCAACAAAAUAAAACUAAAAGUGGCUUUAAUAUGUUUGCUUCCCAUCUUUGCAAACCCUAUUUAAAUAAACAUGGUGAUAUAUUUAUAUAUAUAUAUAGAUACUUGAAAAUGUAAAAGAAUAAACUCAUUUUAAAGACAUGACAUUUGAAGGGAAUAGUAGUCCUGGAUGUAAAAUUACAGCCUUCUUUUUUUCUCUUUUUGACAUGUAUUGCCUCUGCUUUUUGCUGCUGCGGUAUAAGGAUUAUAUUUUCAGCACCCAGUUUCAGCAUUAAUACUGCUCAAAAAGAACCGUGCCAGUUGCUUUAAGUAGAUGUGUUUGUGUUGCUUUUUUAAAACUGAUUUUUGUGUUCAGUUGGGUCCGAUACUCAGUGAGUCCUGUGACCUGCCCCAUUCCCUCUAUAUGUGUACAUGUAUUUUAUUUCGUUUUUUUAAUGAGAUAUCUUUGGGAUUAGACUCAGUCUUAAUUAAAAACCUGUAAUUCUUCAGUCUUGCACAUUUCCAGUGCGCAUACACAUGCAUAUACAGUGCAUACACGGAUCACGCAUUACACACAAAAAUCACUCAUGCGCACACACAGACAGCUUAACUCUACCCUCUAACUCUGUGGUUAGAGGCCUGACACUUCUAUACACUAUAACACUCAGAUACAUUUAACUACGCUAUCCUCUUUUCAUUGUACACCCCAACCCCGUGUAUAUUGUAUAUUACUGCAAUCCGCAUAGCAUUCUGUUAACAGCAUAAUUUCCACGCUCUGGUUUUGAUUAGAGACAAUUUUAUCCACAGGAUCUACUGAGAGAAGACAUCAGGUUAUUUGUACAGGUGUACAUGGAGCAAAAGGGGGAGACCCCAGAGAGAGAGCGACAGAGAGAGAGAGGGAGAGAGGGAGAGAGAGAGGGGUAGAAACCUGAGUGAGAAAAAAAGAAAGAGAGAGAGGGAGCGGCUGAGAGAGAGAGAGAGAGAACUGCUCUCGUAGUUAUCAUUGAAAUCAUUCGUUCCAAUGGGGGGCGACUGGGCACAGGAGGGUCUUUAACACCAUAAUCAGCGUCAGCUUUGACGAGGAGACCAGGAAUGGCCCCUCCCAGUAUCACCGCUUGGAUUCGAAUGCAAAUGUCUCUCAUCCAUGAUUGGUACGGCCCCUGGGAAGCGGUGUGCGCGUGCCAGGCACCUUGCCCAGAACGAGAAAUCCCAUUUCUUUACUUUCUGAAAGGAGUUACUCUGCAGUUAGAGAGCUCCAGGAAGGCCAUGCCCUCGGCACGGACUGCACCAGGCAGUGCGUCGCGCCUCAGAAACGCCUCGUUAUGCAGUGUUGCGACAGUCUGGCGAGCAAGAAACACACCUGAUCCAAAUUUGUUUUCCCUCUUGGCGUGAAGUCCAAUCCUGGCUAAAUUACAGAACCCGUAACAGGACAGAGUGCCGCCACCCGCUAUACGUAUCACAAACAGUAACGUCAGUCAUAUUCCACAGUGGAUGUGGGACUGGCAGGACGUCUUACUUGGGUAUGUGUGGUCACUUUGUGUCCACUUAAAGGGAGAGAGCUGAUCCCGGUGCAAGAAACACGAUUUUCCAUCAUGCAUUGCUGCUUUUUUUUAAAAAAAUACAGAGCCUAAUCACUAAAGUGAAAUCUCUGAGAUUAAUUUAUUGUUUCAAUUCUGAAUAAUUUCACUCCAUCCUACCUGCAAUGUGGAAUGCAGCCGUCAUUAGGGAACCCUGCAUCUAAGGGGGAAAAAAAUCACUUAACUCAAGAAAUGGUGGGAAAAAAUGGCGCAUGAAGGAUCUCCAAUGAAGACUGCUUUUUAUUUAUUUUUAAUUAUUAAAAAUUCUUGAAGAGAACCUUCGAAGUGUCAGCAUUACUUAAUAUCAGUAGGGCGAGACACCAACUUGGUAGGAUGGGGAAGGGCGGAGCGGGGUGGGUCUGUGACUUGAGCGACGGGGCCAAAAGGGGAGGGCUUUAGUGGGCUGGGGCAGAGUGGGCAGAGUUCACUGAGGUCACCGAACAUUGUAACUUAUUUAAUAAUACUGUGAUGUGCGUAACUCAGGCUGGGGGAUUCAGCAUACAGCCCUUUGUAUCUCUGUGUAUGUGUUUAUUGCCUUGUUUUUGAAACUUGUCACAGCAGACUCUGCAGCCCCAUCUGUGUAGGUGGAUCAGUAUUACUAGUAAGUCUAUUAAAAACAUAUUGUAGAGAAUAGAUACAUUUCACACAAUUCCAAAGGUGGAAAAGCAGAAUAUUAAGACUUUGUAUAGACUUUUUAAAACUGUCAUCACCAGCUAGCAUGCCAACAAAGUAUGUUGAUGUUGUGAACAGUUGUGAUCUCUGUAUUAAUAAAUGUUCAUUACAAAUUUU